CGGACCCGGCAGGCAGUACCGGUACUACUGUCCCAGCUGGGAGCCCUGUGCCCGGAGCCCACAGGAGCCGUUCCGCCCGGAGGGAUGUCAGACUGGGUAACCCAGCAGCCGCCGCCGCCGCCUCCCUGCAGCUGAUCCCCGGCCGCUCUCUAGGCUGCCAGAAUGAUUCCCGUUGCAGAGUUCAAGCAAUUCACCGAGCAGCAGCCAGCCUUUAAAGUCCUCAAGCCCUGGUGGGAUGUCCUGGCUGAAUAUAUCACUUACGCCAUGCUCAUGAUCGGGGUCUUUGGCUGUACCUUGCAGGUUACUCAAGACAAGAUCAUUUGCCUCCCCAACCACACUUCUGCUGAUGUUGUUUCCCAAAUAACAUGUCAGGAGUAUGACCAACAGUCGCCCCCAUCCAAUGAUAGCGACCUUGAAACAACUAUUCCACCACCAACUGCUACUUCAAGUCCUCCUCGGGAGAUGAGUGGUCUACGCAACAACCUAGACCUCCAGCAGUACAGCUUCAUUAAUCAGAUGUGUUAUGAGACCGCGUUGCACUGGUAUGCCAAAUAUUUUCCAUAUUUAGUGGUCAUUCACACCUUGAUCUUUAUCAUCUGUGGGAACUUCUGGUUCAAGUUCCCAGGCACCAGUUCCAAAAUAGAACAUUUCAUUUCCAUACUCGGCAAGUGCUUUGACUCCCCUUGGACUACACGAGCCCUGUCUGAAGUCUCGGGAGAGUCUAGUCAGGAGAAACCCAGUCAGGAGAGGAGCAUCGAUCGAGAGCUCUCUAAACCAAACUUUGAGGAGGGCAGCCCUGCUACUGCUGACCUACCAAUUGCAGAAAAACUAGUGGCUGAGACUUCUUCGGCUAGUGUAUUGGACAAGAAAGAGGGGGAACAAGCCAAAGCCCUGUUUGAGAAAGUGAAGAAGUUUCGGCAUCAUGUGGAAGAGGGUGACUUGCUCUACUCGAUGUACAUGCGUCAGACUGUGCUAAAAGUGUGUAAAUUUGUGCUGAUAACAAUCUACAAUGCAGUUUUGGUGGGAAAGAUUCACUUCAUUGUUCCCUGCAGUGUUCAUACAGAGGAUAUGACUGGCUACAAUAGUUUCUGUUGCAACCACACUAAGGCCCACCUUUUUUCCAAAUUAGCUAUAACCUACUUGUGCUUUUUGGGUGUCUAUGGCCUCACUUGCCUCUACACUCUGUACUGGCUCUUCCGACGCCCUCUAAAGGAGUAUUCCUUCCGGUCAGUUAGAGAAGAGACUGGAAUAGGGGAUAUUCCUGAUGUGAAGAAUGACUUUGCCUUUGUGCUACAUCUGGUUGAUCAGUAUGACUCUCUCUACUCCAAAAGGUUUGCCGUAUUUCUAUCGGAGGUGAGUGAAAGCAGGCUGCGGCAACUGAAUCUCAACCAUGAGUGGCCAGCAGACAAACUGAGACAAAAACUUCAGCAUACACCAGAAGGUCGACUUGAGCUGCAUCUCUUCAAACUCCCAGGCUUGCCAGAUACAGUCUUUGAGGUUGCAGAGAUGGAGUCACUUAAGUUGGAGAUGGUUAAUGAGGCUCUUAUCCCACCAUUGGUAUCUAAGCUGGUGAGGCUGGAGGAGCUGUCCCUUAUCAACUGCACAGCCAAAGUUCAGCAUGCCUCCUUGGCUUACCUUCGGGACCACCUUCGGAUACUGCAGGUAAAGUUUGACGACAUUAAAGAGAUACCUUUGUGGAUCUUCAGUCUUCGUGCUUUAGAGGAGCUCCACCUCUUUGGCUGGCUGUCACAGGACUUAUCUAAAAACCCAGCUUUAGAAAGUCUAAGGGAAUUGAAGAGUCUGAAGGUGCUUACAAUAAAGAGUAACCUUUCUAAAAUCCCAGCUACUGUUGCAGAUGUGGCCGGCCACUUGCAAAAAUUUAGCAUUCACAACGAUGGAACGAAACUCCUGACCCUUAAUGCUCUGAAGAGGCUCGCUCUCGUCAAAGAACUUGAACUGGUACGCUGCGAACUGGAACGUAUUCCCCAUGCAGUUUUUAGCCUCACUAACUUACAGGUGUUGGACCUAAAGGAAAACACCCUUCACACAAUAGAGGAGAUCAUAAGCUUACAACACUGUCGGAAGCUCAGCGUUCUUCGUUUGUGGCACAACCAGAUUGCCUACAUCCCGGAGCAUAUCCGUAAACUAAAGGGUCUUGAGGAGUUGUCCUUAAAUCGCAACAAAAUUCUGGUGAUUCCCUCCCAGCUGUUCCUCUGUAACAAGCUCAGACACCUUGACCUGUCUAACAAUGAAAUCCGGGAGCUUCCUCCAGAGAUCGGGGUGUUGCAGCUACUUCAGUACCUUGGAUUAAGUGGAAACUUUUUGGAGGAUCUUCCCAAUGAGUUGUUUUUCUGCCAAAAACUAAAAACUUUAAAACUAGGGCAAAACAGAUUGGGAAAUCUGUCCCCGAAGGUGGGAUCCUUAGUUUGCCUGGUAAAACUAGAACUCAAAGGAAACCGAAUGGAUACGUUACCUCCUGAGCUAGGGAACUGUGUGAGCCUAAAGAGAUCGGGCUUGACUGUGGAACCCUCCCUGUUUGAGACAUUGCCAGUAGAAGUGAGGGACAAACUCAAAGAGGACUGAAAUGGGCAUAUACAGUAUGUAGUGGAAGGACUGAGCAGAAAUAUGGAGGUUCGUUAGGAACAUGGAGAGAGAAGGGUAUAUAAUCUGAUGAGUAGUAAGCAGAGUAUGCAGUAUAGAGAGAUUACAGAAGAGAGAAGAGUAGAAGAAAUCAUUAUUAUGUCCCCCUUUCCUUCUAAAUGUUACAGUAAUGGAUGCCAAACGAGUAGGUCGUGCCUAGUGUAUUCCUCAUUCCCGAAUGCCUGUUGGCAAACCAUGGGGCAUAUUUCUAAAGGUGUGUAAGGUUUUUAAUACAUUAAACGUGGCCGCUUCAACCCCAUGGUUUAACCGCCAUAUUUAACUCCACUUUGUACACCAGAAAUUGCAGUGUGAAUUUGUUCCACUGACUUCAAUGGGCUGUGAGAGUGGGGCAAGUUAUUGGCAUUGUUUGUCCAACUUGAAAGUAAAUACAGUAGAACCCCCAUUGUACAUCCCCCCGGAAUUGGCGCCAUUUUGCUAUAGUCCCAUUCAGGAUUUAACAUUUUCCCAGAAUCUAUGCAGUUUUGACGCAGUCCCCUGGGAAACGUAAAAUCGGGGUUCUACUAUAAACAAGUAGUGUGACUACGAAGCGCACCGUUAAAGGGCCAGUUCACCUUAAGGUUAAUUUUUUAUAUGUAAUAGAAUGUCCUAUUCCUAGCAACUUUGCAACUGGUCCAUUUUUUAUAGUUCUUAAUUAUUUGCCUUAUUCUGCAACAUUUUUCCAGCUUUCAAAUGGGGGUCAGUGACCCCUAAAGCUAAAGAAAUUUUACUUUAUGAGCUUAUUUAAUUUUUAUUGUUACUUUUUACUCCUUAUUUUUAUAUUCAGACCUUCUUCCUGUCUCUCAAUCAAAUCACUGCCUGGUUGCUAAGGUAAACAAGACCCUAGCAACCAGAUAGUUGCAAUAAUCCCAAACUGGAGCAAAAGCUAAAUAACUGAAAAACCACAAAUAGUAAAAAAAUUAAAACCAAUUGGAAAUUGUUUUAGAAUAUCAAUGUUUACAUCAUACUAAAGGUGAACUACCCCUUUCAUUUAUGCAUAAGGUCUGCAAUUAGAAAUACGCCAUAGUGCGCACAUUUUUAUAGUGUCAACAAUCUUCUACAGCUUUAUUAAUAUGUGCCCAUGUUUUUAUAUAAAGUAGACUGAAUAUAUUGUGGAAUUGUUGUAGGCUUAUUUAUGAAGUAGUAUAUAUGUAGGGUGGAUAUGAGCUUAGUGUAAGACUCGUGCCUUUAGUAAAGGGAUUGUUAAGGGUGUACCAGCAAUAGUUGGAAUAGUCUCUCUUGAUAACUGCCUCCUAAAGAUGUCCGCCCACUACAGGAGAAUGGAAACCUACCCGCCCCCUAGGGCAAAGCCUUGAUGUACAUUUUGUUUUUAUUUAAUGUAACAAUAAACAUUUCAGUUAAUGGG